GCUGUUCACACGAGCCGUGGCGCGGCCGCUUGGUGUCUGGUGUGUAGUACUAGGUGAUCGUCACCGAAUGGGUGGCGCUCUGGUGAUUUCCUUGCCCUCGUGGUCGUGUGAUGUGUGAGACGAAACAGCAGAGAUAGAACAUUGUGGCGCAUACCAUCGCAUCGCAUCGCAUCGCAGUCGACGACCGGCUGGCUGUUUAUGUUGUUUGUUGUUUCCAUCCCAACGACGACGACGACGACGAUGACAUCCGCGCGCGGUUUGGUGAAAAAUUCCGUCGGGUAGAUUAUUAUUAUUUGUCGUUGCCUAGAAACCAAACGAAAAGUGAGAGUCAAGAUUUUCACGAACUGACCCGACCGAGGCACGGAAGCGUGACUUAGGCCGACCGAGUUGAAUAAACUGAAGGUGAAAAUGAGUAACGUUCUAAUGCUUUGAGUGAUACUUUGAAAAGAUUCAUCACACCUUGACCUAGCACGGACGCUCCUAGCAACGCCUGAACCUGAACCAAUCUUCCAAAGUGCUCCUCCUGAUAGCUAAAGGAUCUCACUUACGUAACAAAACAAGAAUAUGGAACCAAUCAAGCGCCGGCUGUGACUGCGGUGAUGAUGCUGAUUGCCCAAGUGAACCCGUUGAUCAGCAAAUUAGUGCCAAUUGAUAAAGUGAGCAUUGAACGAGAAGAAAAGUGCGACGAAGAUACGGUGCAAGUUCCUAUUCGCUUCGAACUGCUCGGCCUCGCGUAGUGUUUUGGUCGGAACCAAUAACGAACAAAUAGUUGGCAAAUUUCUAAAGUGAAAACCAGAAAACCAGAAAUGAUACUGUUAAUCAAAUCUGUUAAGAAAAAGUGAAAUCUAACGCCAGUGAAUCGGAUGCCAGGUGUGAAUUGGUGACAUGGAAACACCAGCAUCCGGAUCGCGAAACGUAACUAGUUCAAGAAUCCACAACAAUAUACCGGUGGAUAUUUCGGAACUAUACUGCUUCAGUGUGGAUCAGGAAACAAACGGCAACAACAACAACAACAACAGUAGCAACAGGAAUGCCCUUAAAUUUGCCAUAACCGCCAGUAGUGUGAUGCAGCAAAAUGAUACCGUACUCAGCCAUCGUGUCGGUACUGCCAGUGCCGACACGCUUGGUACCUUCGCCGGUGACGGUCAGUCAGCUUCCGCAGGUAGUUCCGCUGCAGCCGCUAACGCCGCUGCCGCCGGUCAGCUCGUGAUGAAGAACUCCGAUUGUGAAAUGAAACUGACCGCCAAUCCGGACGGAUUCGAUGUGAUGGUGGAAUCACCAAGCAACCGCGUUCGGGUGGCACUAGGGGUCCUCAUCCGGUUGCUGCUGCCGCUGACCCACGGACUGGCGCGCGGAUGGAACGGACUGCGAGGCUUUCGCAUGCUGCAGUUGUUGCGGAAAAUCCGGGAAACCCGUGGCCUGCUGACGACGCUGUUCGCCUUCGCUGCCAACACGGUUUCGCUGAGCCUGUCCUCGGUUCAAGUGGCCCAUCGGAUCGAUCCGCUGCUGCGGGUGAUCAAAUUACGAAAGAACUCAUCCGGCGCAGUCGGACGCAAUGCUCUUCCGGAAGCUGGCGGUAAACAGACGCUGGUAGCUGGACGUGGACGGCGGCAUACGGCGGGCACUAGUUUGCAGGAGGUUCCGGAAAAGUUUGUCGAGCUGGUUGUACUCGCAGAGCCUCCCCCUGGACAGCCGAUUCGGGCGGAUGUUGUGCUAAUACAUGGCUUGCAUGGUUCUCUGGUGAACACUUGGAAGCAGGGACUGUGGAAUAGUGAGGGUAAGCUGGAGCACUUCGAACGACCACCGAAACCACCGAUAAGACCUCCUAAAAGGCAGCGCCAUUCCCGGGCGAAUUUGUUCGGUCCACCUCACGAAUCUAAGAAACCAAAGUUCGAGGAAGAAGCAGAUUGGAGUGAUGAUGACAGUGAUCAGUUAAACGACGGAAUACCUACGACCUCGUAUAGGUUCUCAAAGCGGCGGUUCACUUACGAGUGUGGCGAGCCGGAACGAGUCCAUUUCGCCGAUGAGAUGGAGUACAGUUUUCCCACAUUUAGAUUAAGAAUCGAGGAAGAGGGGAGCAAUCGAAUCGCUCAGGGUUACACGGAGAAAAACGGCCACGGCAAAAGGAAACCAAAGGUGAAAAAAGACGAAUCAUGGUCAGCUUGCUGGCCAGGCGAUUGGCUACCGCUGGACUGUCCCGGAGUGCGUGUCAUUGCGUUAAACUAUACCACCGACCCCUACCUAUGGCGGCCGGUUUGGAUUAGUAAGAGACAUCGAUCCAACCUGGUUGAUCGUUCGCGUGAAAUGGCCGAUAUGCUGAUAGCGAAGGGCGUCGGCAAGGGACACCCAAUCGUCUGGGUUGGUCACUCCAAAGGUGGUAUCUUUAUCAAACAAAUCAUUGUCGACGCGUGGGAAAGUGGCCGACCAAGCGCGGAACCACUGUGGCGUUCAUCCCGAGGAACGCUGUUCUACUCAGUGCCGCACAGGGGAUCUCCGCUGGCGGACUUUAACCUACCCCUGCUGCGCCAGUCAGUGGAGUUGACCGAGAUUCAGAAGAAUUGCGCCAGCAUACUGGAACUGCACCGCCGGUUCGUUGCCCUAUACCGUGGUGGUCAUCUGAAGAUUGACGUUUUCAGCUUCGUCGAGACGGCCUUAACAUUAAUGUCGGUUCUCUAUCUGCGCAUUGUUGGCAUCGAUUCAGCCGAUCCUGGCAUCGGCGAUGUUUGCGGUGUACACCUUGACCAUCGGGAAAUUUGUAAACCGCGCAGCCGCCACUGCAUUCUCUACACCGAGCUGGUCAAGAUGGUCAACAAGGUUAGCUGAAGAGCUGUUAGCGGUGUCAGCGGAACGAGCCUUGCGUGUGCGGAACCCAGCGCUGCUGGUAGACACGGAUAUAUUUGUUUUAAAAUAUUUUCUACUCGUUGAAUUGUUUCUUAUACCUACUGUAAUCGUUCGUAUUAUACCCUACCUAUAAAUUGCUAGAUUUUUCUUAAAAAUCGAAACUUACUUCAGUAAGGUUAACUUUGAAUCUGGCGGUAGCGAGUUACCACCGAGCAAGAUAUAUGCAUGAAAAUGGCGAUAUUAUGAUUAUGUACUUCAAAGCAGUUGUUUGUAAAAUAAGCCUGUUGCCAAUUCGUGUACCAUUUUCGAGAUAAAGUAACGAUAUUUGUUUGCAGACGAAAUCUAACCGGUAGUUACAAACUGUGUUAUUAUUUUCAGUUGUUUAUGUUAAGAAAAUAUGAAAAUAGAUAGGUAGUUCAGUGACCAUCAAUUAAUUGAAUCAUAACUAAGCUAUGCCAUGUGAUAAAUAGAGAUUAGUACUUGUCGAUAACAAUACUGAAGCAAUAAAUC